CUAAAUAGAUGUGCAGUGUGAAGUGAAUGUGUCGUAAUAUUUGUCGAGUAAGGCAUACUGAGUACAUAUUCUCAUGACAAAUCACGUGCGAUCAAGAAUGCAAUAAUAAAAUUUGCUUUUGUAUCCUUUCGUUUGUUAUACAAAUGCACUAUAUACUUGCCAAUGACCCAGAUAGGUUAUACCAUUAUGAUACCUGACCUAAAUUUUCCUGCUUACAAUUAUACUAAGAAGUACUAUGUCUGCUUCAUUGUUUAAUACAUUCGCUCGAAGAGUUUACAAUGGAAUGGAAUGGCUCUAGAGAAAUGGAGGAACGGAGGUGCAUUGCUGAUACAGGAAAAACAUUAAGAAAGUAUGGAAGUACAGCUAAACAUAUGACGAGAGCAGAGAGCUUAAUAAAGCAUAUUGUUGUGUCUACGGAUACACUUCAAGGAAUUGCGUUAAAGUAUGGUGUUACAACAGAACAAAUAAGAAGAGUUAAUCGACUGUGGGCAUCAGAUAGUUUAUUUUUACGAGAAUAUCUUCUUAUACCUGUUAGUACGGACAGUCCAUUAGCUUCGUCUGUUGAAUGUGCUGCGUACAAUGAUUCAGAAUGUAAUUCUACUCAAAAUAUAUCUAGUCCAUCCGUAAUAUCACCAUUAGAUGAUGAAAGUUCAGCUGAUGACUUUUUAGCUAAAAUGGAUACUUGUAUAGCUAAUGUUAAAAAAGAAAUUAAACGUACUCAAGGGAGUAGUGAAUUCUGUAAUGAAGGUAAUGAUACUUAUAUGCAACAACGAAGAACAUCUAAUAAAUUUAGAGAUUCACUUCCUUCAAAUACACAUAUAUCAGCCCAUUCAUCAGAAUUAAGGCUGUCAUCCUCUAGUGAUAUGCAAAAUUUUCCAACUGCUGUAGUUAUGACCCAGGGAAGAAAAGUAAAAACAUCAUUACAAAGACUUCAACAGCAACAGGAUGAAAUAUUCCAAUUGUAGCAUCUAAGUCUUAUUCAUGUAUAAUAUUUUACAAUUCAGCAGAUGUUAUUAAAGACCUUGCUGAAAAGAG